AUGAAUACACUCAUGGAAAUGUUUGGCAACCUCAACUUCACUGUCCUAGGAUUCCCCAGCAACCAAUUCGGUCUUCAGUCACCUGAAGUGAAUCAUGAAACCCUCAAUGUUCUUAAGUAUGUGAGACCUGGUGGCGGGUUUGUGCCAAAGUUUCCUGUCUUUGGAAAGAUUGAGGUGAAUGGAUUAAAUGAAGAGCCUCUUUUCGCCUAUCUAAAGGAAUCUUUGCCAUUUGUGAACCCUGUAAUUGGAGAUAUGAAGAAAUUCUACUGGUCCCCAAUCAAAGUAAAUGAUAUUCGAUGGAAUUUUGAGAAGUUUCUAAUUACUGCAGAUGGCAUGCCCUUCAAAAGGUGA